GCUAAAGUUGGAUAUGUUUAAUAAUUUAAAAUUGUAGCAAUUAGUUAUUUUCAGGCACAGUUUUGACUAUUUCUGAUAAGUUAUAAGUAUGUUUCAGCACAUUAUUUUGUUUAAAAUGAAAAAAGACGUGGCUGAGGUGAAGAUCAGCUGUCGGCUGCUCGCAGCAGGAGGAAGUGAUGCAGGAACAUGCCCACUGUGUGGCUGCACUCACUGACUAAAGGGGGAAGCACAAAGAAAUGGACUGCUUUGGUCCGAGAUGGUCCUUUAACUCACUCUGAAGAGCCAAACGCAAAUCAAAAUGGAUUAAAAAAAAGUCCUAUCUGGUAGCUGGCGUUUCGUUUCUUUUCUUUUCAAAGUGGAGAUAAACACAAUACUGAUGUGGAAGUUAUUUGCCAGCUAGUGAGCUAGCAUCCUGAGUUAACGCGACGAGUUUGUUUCUGGUCGGAGGCGCUAAAUUGGAGAACUUACUAACUACUUUAUUUGUACUGGCGACCCUGAAGCGAUGCACAUCCGACCCCAGACUAUACAGCUCUCCAUGAAGCAUUGCGGAUGUCAAGGUCACAAUGAUGGGCCACAAUAGAACGACACUCUGAUCUGUGGUCAAUGCCUUCAGAGGGAUUGUCUGGUAUUUAAAGCUGGCAGUGAAUUUUGACUGAUUUGACACAGGCCUGAGGGUAUGUUGAGACUUCUCGCAGUGCCAGAGAAGAGGCGUCUAGGUGGUUCGGACGGGGACUGAAGGUGAGGAGGAAAGACAGACGGUGGGACCAGGGAGGAAGACAUGGGUCAAUGUGUCACCAAGUGUAAGAAUCCGACGUCCUCACUCGGCAGUAAGAGUGGAGACAAGGAGAGCGGCUCCAAGUCCCACCACAAGAAAGGAGGCGGUGCCGGUGGUGGCCACAAAGAAGAGCCCAGCGCUCUGUGUAGCAAAGCCACCAGCGAGCUGUCGAAUGGCACCAAGGCCUUGGAGGUCACAGUGGAGACACCCGUCAUGCCUGCACUGAUCGGGGAAUCACGCAAGGACGAGUGUCUGGAUGGAGAUGGGCUGUCAAUGCUGCGCAUCGAGGAGCUGUUUUGCUGCUACAAGGAUGAACAGGAAGACGCUAUCUUGGAGGAAGGCAUGGAGAUGUUUUGUAAUGACCUGUGUGUGGACCCAGCAGAGUUUCGUGUGCUUGUUCUUGCCUGGAAGUUUCAAGCAGCCACCAUGUGCAAGUUUACAAGGAAGGAGUUUGUUGAAGGCUGCAAGGCUAUCCAGGCCGACAGCCUCGAGGGUAUCUGCUCACGUUUCCCCGUCAUGCUGCUGGAUGCCCGGGGCGAGGAGAACUUCAAGGACCUGUACCGCUUCACCUUCCAGUUUGGCCUGGACGCCGACGAGGGCCAGCGCUCGCUGCAGCGGGAAAUCGCCGUUGCCCUGUGGCGCCUGGUGUUCACCCAGGACUCGCCUUCGAUCCUGGAGCACUGGCUGGACUUCCUGUCAGAGAACCCCUCAAGUAUUAGGGGCAUUUCAAGGGACACGUGGAACAUGUUCCUCAACUUCACCCAAGCUAUUGGCCCCGACCUGAGCAACUACAGCGAGGACGAGGCCUGGCCCAGCCUCUUCGACACCUUCGUGGAGUGGGAGUUGGAGCGCAGGAAAAAAGAGGAGGAACAGGCACUGAUGGCAAAGGAGGAAGAGGGGAGGUGUACUGAGACAGACUGUUCUCCCACCACAGAUAGACUUGAAACAGCGGGAAGCCGCGGCUCACAGACGUGGGGGGGCCACUGACCAGGAAUCAAGAAGAAUUUGUAAGGGAGGGCAGUAUAUGAUCUUCACCUGAACUAUACAUCUGUGAAUCAUUGGAUGAAUAUUAGUAUUACCAUUACAGCUGUUCAUUUUGUUCUCCUUUUCUGUCUGGGUGGGAUUCCUGCUUUGCACCCGUUUUUUGGGUUUCUGAAAGGGCUCUAAGAACUGUUUUUAAGCACUUCUAUUUAAGUUAUUAUUUUACUUUUUUUUUUCUCCUCCCAUGUGUGUUUUUAGUAAUUGGACAUGUGGUUCAUUUUAACCUUCAUCUACCGACCAUAACCCAGCAGAGUUGGAGCUUUGUUUAAAAAAAAAAAAAAAAAACAGGCGACAGAAAGCCAUAACCUUUUCCCACAAUUAUCAUAAAGACAGUUCACUUUGACUUGGUAACACUGCUGAUAUAUUUAGGACAAGAAUAUAGCUAAUAAGAAGAAGGGAAAUUUUGGCAACCUGUCCAUAAAAUAAUGUUUUACUACCAAAACAUGAGAUUAACCAUAAGGGUCAGGGUGAAAUCAUCUUGAUUGGACUAAUCUAGUUUGAUUGUAUGCUUUUAUCUUGCAGUGCUGUGAAGAUGAAUUUGGUUGCACUUGUAUUGCCUUCACAACUGCUGGCCUGCAAUUACAUGGCAAACAGUAAUUGAUUACAAUUGAGUCACAAGGGCAUUUUGUUUUUAACGAUAACACAACGUUGUAAUACUCAUCUUAUUCCAAGUUGAUGGUAAAAGACCCACCCUCUCUUCUGUGUUGAGUGUUUUUUGAGUGCUACGGGUGCAGCGAGCGGCUUAGCUUGUGCAGUUGGCUGUGCUCCCUUUUGACCUCUAGCAUCAAUGAUUUAGAUGUCCACCUAUUUUCAAGAAGCGGUUAAGUGUGUAAAACACAAUGAUGCUGGCUUUUCUCAGAUGCCUCAUUGAUCUCAAUUUUAGGAAGUCUCUAAAACAACAAAUGGGCUAAAGCUAUAGGUCUUGGUCAUUUCUCAACAGAUGAUGCCUAAACCUGCGUUACAUUCGGGGCCGUUACAAUGGGCUUCACACAAAGCUUUUGUUGUUUACCUUCUGGAGUUUAGGACUCAUCACGUCCUUGGAAAUUCUAUUCAAAAAAAUUGUACGCCACAUCACUAACAUUGUUGACUGCUGCUGGUGAUGGUUGUAAUGGAUUGCACAAAAACCAAUGGCAUGCUUAGUCGCUAUACUUGCAACACUUUGCAGAAAGAUUGAUGUCAACCACAUUAUUUCCAACCUUUUCCAAACUAUAGAUGGAUCUUAAGUAUAGCCAUGGGUGUUUUGGGAUGAGUGUUAACUAGACAUGCUGGCUAAUCAAGGUUCUGUGGUAUGGGUCCAGUUUGGUAAGAGGGUGGCCAUAACCUAAUCCGUUUGGUUUACAUCUACAAUGAUUUUAUUUCAGAUCCCCUUUGUCCUUUUUAUAUAAAAUGUAUUGAUUUAUAAUAAAUAAAA